UGUUUUGAUGUUGCCACGUAAUAUCCUUAACGUGGAGGAAAUGACAGUACUAAAUAUAGACAUAUAGGGCAUGUUUGAUAUCUAGAGUUUUUAAAUCGCAAUGGGGAACCUUAGUAGUAUACUUUGUCGCCGAGAACCCAUUCGACUUCUGAUACUGGGAUUAGAUGCCGCCGGUAAAACCAGCAUACUGUACCAUUACAAACUCGGAGAAGUUGUCACGACCAUUCCUACCAUAGGAUUUAAUGUAGAGACAGUGAAAUUCGGUAAUUCAGAGCUGACAGUGUGGGAUGUAGGCACCAGGGGCAAAAUACGGCCUCUCUGGAGGCAUUACUACCAAAACACUCAGGCAUUGGUGUUUGUUUUCGAUAGUGUUGACAGGGAGAGAAUUACAGAAGCAAGCGAGUUACUCUACAGUAUCCUUACAGAGGAUGAAUUGAACGGUGUUCCUGUUGCUAUUGCUCUCAAUAAAAGGGAUCUUCCAGACUGCAUGACAAGAGAGGAGAUGGUGGAAAAAUUAGAUUUGAGGAAAAUUCAGGAACAGAGACCCUGUGAAGCUUUUCUGACCACAAUUAAACCCACUGCUGAAGUGGACUCGGAAUUUGAUAAAUUGUUGGAGUGGAUUACAGAGGAAACGGCCAAAAGACGAAAGGCUUUUUCUCCGAAAAAUCAGAAGGUGGACCCUUUCUCAUCAUACAUUUGGCAACCAAUAAUGAAAGUGAAGAACAUGAUGUUUAACUGACGAGAUUUUAUAUACUGUGGAAUCAUUAGAAUUCGUGGUGGCUCAAUUUUCGUGGAACUCGUGGGUACCCCUCACCCACGAAUUUACAUCCUCAACGAAUAAAGAAUUAUAAUUACAUUCCAGAGUUAUCUUUCAUACAAAUAUAUAAAUCCACGAAAUUACUUCCCCACGAACCUGAAAAAAAUUCAGCAAUCCACGAAAAUUGGCCCCCACGAAUUUAAAUGAUUCUACGGUAAGUAGUAGAACUAUCUACUAGUAAUUGUCUUGAACAGUUCAACCAGUGUUUUAACUGAUGCAGAUCUGUGAUACCAUUUACUUAAGUCUUGUUAGAUCUUAUAUCUUUAGAAUUUCUUUUGCUGUUAUUUGAUGCAUUUUCAGAAAUCAUAAAAUUAGAAAUGGCAAUCAAAAAUUCCACAGCAUAGGAGAUUCUAAUAAUUUAUUUUAUGUCUAUCGUAAAAGUAUGCACUGACAUGUAUUAAUUAUCAUUUGUGCAAUAUAAAGGUUAGCCUAGUUUAUUGUCUUCCUUUUUGUAGACAGCAGUGUAUGUUUCUUCUGUGGUAUGGACAUUGUUACUGUAAAUCAUUUGAUAAUAAUGCUUUAUUUCAAGAAGGUGAACUACAUGUAGCUAGUGCACACACUAUUGUUCUCUAAGGCCUUCCUGUUGAUACACACAGAUAUAUACACAAAUGAUAAUUUAAAACAGUUUUGAAAGAAGGAACAUAAGAGUAUGUAACAAAAUUCAGUCUAUAUCACUUGUUAUACUUGAAUAACAGUAAUAAACAAUCAGUAAAAUCUAAUAUUACAGAUUGCGAUUAAAAGACAUAAAUGUAUAGAAUUUAUAUGCAAGGGGGGGGGGGGGGGGACAAAGGCAUGUUUAAAGAGUGGUAUGGCAGCUGAUAAUGUAACUCUUUACGAUGUUUUUAAAAAUAAGUUGAGACUGAAAAAACUUUAUGUGCUGUGGUAGUUUGUUCUACGGGUUCAUACCCGAGUAUUGUGAAGAGGUCUUGAAUAAUUGUGUGUGAAACUUUGGUAAUCGAAGAUCGUGAUUUGAUUCAGAACGCACAUACUCGUAUUUAUUGUGGGCAUGCAAAAAAAAGUAUAUGAUUUGUUGAAGGUCUUUAUUUAAACUCCGUUGUUUGU